UCAAUACCAAAACAGUCAUUAGUGAAACAACACUGCUCUGAUGGUGAAGAAAUUAUUUCUUUUUACAGCAUUUUUGGUCCUAAGUAGUGUGUUGCUAUGGUCACAGUUAUUUGUGAAGCAAGACUCAUUCGUGCUUGACCAGAAGAAUGUUAUUACAGAGGUGACUGCCUGCAAUAAUACAAAGGAAGAAAAUGAUAGUGGUCAGAAGGAUGAAUAUUACACAUUUAUUUUUACUCCGUGGCUAGGACAGAGAGAUGCCUCGCAAAAAUACCAAGUUCAUACAUUUGCUAUGAUAGCAAGUAAUUGGCAAAAUAUGACAGGACAACCUCUCUGCCUUGCAACACACACAUCCGUGGAACAUUUACAUUGGCUUGCUGAUGUAGCUACCCACUGGUGUGGUCCCAUAUCUGUGAGCAUAUUUGCCCCUGACUUAGAUUACCAGAUAGCAGAAGCAUACAUUUCCUAUUUAAGACAAUGUUUCUCAGAUAUUACCAGCCAGGUCAGCCUCCACAUCAUAUAUCCAAUAGAUUUUCCACCUAUUAAUUCAUCAGAUUUUAAUGAAGGGCUUAGAAAACUUAUUCCAAAAACUUGCAGUUUUAAUCAUCAGCAAGUACUUGACAAAAUGCUACAGAAGCGACCUCAGAAUAUGUUUUUAUGGCGUGAAAAGCUGCCAUACCCUCAAAAUAUAUUGCGAAAUAUUGCUAGAAAAACUUGUCAAAACCAGUAUUUUGUGUGCCCUGAUAUAGAUAUGAUACCAACAUCAAAAGUUGUAUGUGAUAAACUGAACAAGUUUCUUGAAAAUCCAAAACAAAAAAGUUGUCUCAAAUGUGCCUAUGUAAUUCCUGUAUAUGAGAUAUCUUCAAAUGUUACAAGAAUUCCCUAUAACAAAACAGAAUUGACUAAGAUGGUAAAACAAAGAAAUGCAAGAGUCUUCCACUCAAAUGUCUUCUGGCGAAACCAAUGGUUAUCGAAUUUAUCUUACUGGGAAAAUCAAAAGGAAAGUUCAAAAAUGUCAGUAUCAUAUGAUGCUGGUAAAUAUUCCUUUUGGUAUGAACCUAUUUAUGUUGCACAAACAUCAGCACCUCUCUAUGAUGAAAGAUUUAUAGGUUAUGGCCUUACAAGAAAUACACAGAUUUAUGAAAUGUAUUUAGAUGGAUGGAGUUUUAAGAUUGUAAAUAACAUCUUUUUAGUACAUUGGGGAUUCCAAAAUCGGAGCAGUCAGAGUGCAUUGAGAAAGAAACAAGCAUUCGAUAAUUUUGCUGUUUUCAAGGACUUCCUUAGAGAAAAGUCAGUGAAAUAUGACAAGGAUCCAUUGAACCUGUUGCAGAUGUAUGAGAAAAUGAAUGUAAGAAUAAAACUACAAAAUCUGAAUGUAACAGAAUCUGAAAAUUUUAUUCUUACUUAA